AUGGUUGGAUUCCUCAUGGAGAACGCCAUUGCCUUUAAAAGUUGUAUCACUCAAAUGUAUUUCUUUCACGGUCUGGGAUGUACAGAAGGUGUCCUCCUGGCUGCUAUGGGGUAUGACCGAUACGUUGCUAUCUGUCACCCACUACGAUAUGUGAGCAUAAUGAGGAGGUCUACUUGUAUUAUACUGGUUUUGACGUCGUGGUUUACUGGUUGCAGUACUGCUCUAAUUCAUGCUAUUAUGGCAUCUCAGCUUCCAUUCUGUAACAUCAAUAGAAUCAAACCCUUUUUUUGUGAUGUGAAGCCGGUAAUAAAGCUGGCCUGUAAAGACAUCCAUGUGAAUGAGGUCACCUUGGUCACAGUUACUGGCUUUUUAAGCACAAGCACCUUUUCGCUCACCAUACUGUCCUACAUUUAUAUCAUCACUCACAUCCUCAAGAUAAAAUCAUCAAAAGGAAGAUCCAAGGUGUUCUCAACAUGUUCCUCACACUUGACCAUUGUCAUCUUGUUUUAUGGGACAGCAAUGUGCACUUACCUUGGCCCUGCUUCUGAAACUUCACUGGAAAAAGACAAGGUUGCUGCCAUAUUGUUUACAGUUAUUACCCCAACAUUGAAUCCAAUUAUUUAUACUUUAAGAAACAAAGAAGUCAGGAAUUCUGUGAGAAAACUCACUCAUAAGUUAAAUGUCUGUAGAUUUUGUCUAACAGCUUCAUAUCCUUCAGAAAAAGUACAUAGGUAA